AAAUAAAAAAGAAUGACGGAAUGCUAUACCCAGUCGUAUCCUGGUAGUAUAUCGGGCCGGCCCAGGCCGGCAGACUGGCAACAAAACUCAAAAGUAACUACAUGCGUGUACCAUGGUGUACUGGUAAAAAGAGUGAUCGCUUCCUAUCAUUCACCCAACGAGACGGCGAGAGAUUUUUCCUACAUGACAUUGUACAAUGUCAUGCAGUCUUUGCGCAAUGAUGAUGUAAAACUCAAACUCAAAGGCUUGCUUGCAUUUUGAGAGAGAACAGAGAUGUUGCGGCAGUGCGCUGCCCGCAGGAUAUUACGUAUAGCUAUGCCUGAUGAGUUCCCCGCCGAUCGCUACCCUGACUCUAGCUAGAGCUUCGAACAUUUGUCGGAAAUGGCCAGCGCGCAGGAUGAGUCGCCGUCGGUCAAAUUUGCCGAACCUCUGCCAGCCUUCCGCGCUCCGUCACCAGAAAGCACCUCAGCAGCAGACAUCGAGGAAGCAAAUGGGCAAGGUCAACGCAGUAGCGAUAAGGACCUGAUCAGGCGACGGCGUAGCGAUGCGAAGGCGCGCAGUAGGCCUAAGAGCAUGCACGCUCGUCAAGAGAACGGAACCGGCCAGGAGGGCAUCGGAGCCGAGGAUUCAGCCAGGACGAAACGGCAUCAACCAGUGGCCGUUGAAGAUGAACAUCGCACUUCUCUCCAGCAGCCGGGGCCGCCAAAGCAGAGGAAGCAGGGUGAGCGGCGAGCCAAAUCAGCAGGGCCUAGUCCAUUCAACACCGAGGCGCGCAGUCUGGUGUCGAUCCAGACGAACUUCAUUGUGGAAAACUUAAUGAAAGCGCCCGUGGAACGCACUGAUGACGCUGGUCGUGGCAGAAAGAAGAGUUCUUUGACCCCCGCACUGCCUGUUUCAUCCCAAUCAAGCUAUCUAUCCAAGGCCACCACACCCAGGACCCCGCCAGCGUACGAUGCCUGUUCGGAAAGCUCUAGCCGCGUGCUCUCCAGGGCCACGUCGUCGACGCACUCCUCCGACGUGUCAUCAGAAUCACGACAGAUAUCGCUCGACGGAGAGGACGCGGAUGAUGACGUGUCCGAGGAGUCUUCGUCGGCUAUCAAGCAUUGGAAACAUGCACAGAAAUGGCUGCACCGGUUGCAAAAAGAAAGCGCCGAGAAGAGCCGAACGCGAGCGGCAUUUGCCGCUGCCAUGAAGCUGCAGCAGAAGCGACGGCAGAUGAAGAACUCCACGGAGAUCGUCGAGCGCUAUCACGAGCUAAGCGAAGUGCGGCGCAUCACUCGUGAUCUCUCGCGCGACCGGAAAACCCAGCUGUCGGAGCUGCUCGAAAACGGAGGUAUUCGCAUGCCUGGCCGUGCUCUGGAGCAGGACGGUACAGAAAUCUCACAUGAUACUCUGACCUUGCCCUCGUCUGCUGCAGGUGAAGCGUUACCGGUUCCGGACGCUGCAAGAAGUGGAACUGAAGCAGCAACAGCAGUGGCCUCUGAUGCUAGUGCUGCGGCGGAAACCUCCAUUCCAAAGCCGCCUCCCGUGCCGGACGAGCUGAUAACCUUACACGCGAACCAUGCUCCCUGCCAGCCUCGUCUCCGUGCACGGCGAAGACGAAGCAGGCACCGGCGGCAGCGCAAGGAGCUGAAGCGCAGCUUGAGCCACGAAGGCGCCGAGCCACUGGACGGAACCGUCAAACAGCGUCACAGGGAGAAAACAACGGCGAGCGCGCCGAUGCUGGAGGGCAGUGCGGAGGUGAAGCGGACAACUCGAAGACGGCGUCGUAGGCAACAGCAGCGGAGAAGCCUCGAGAGGGCUGCCUCCGAUGAAGACCCGUAUCAACCUCUUGCCGAAGCCUUGCCAACUGAUCAAUCUCGGCGAGCGAGAGCAAGCCGUCGAGUCAGACACUCUGAGGGUGGCGGCGCUAGACAUGGUCUGAAAGAGCAGUUGGACAUGGUGCAACACCAAGCUAGCAGUAAACAGGGCAGAACUGCGUUUGGCGUCAAAGAGCCAGAAGACAUUCGAUCAGGAAUGAACGUUUUGUGUCCGGUGCCACAGGGGCUUUCUGUUCGGGCUGCUGACGCACCAAGGUAUUCCUUACCGGCCGAUAGUGGAAUUGCCGGGGACGUGCUCAGUCUGGGUGCCGAUUCGCAGGCCGAUGCCGGUGCCGCAGGAGACACAACACCGUGCGUCGAGUCACCGCCGCACACGCUUGGCGAGCAGCUUUCCAACAUGUCCGUCCAGACCCUGACCUCUCUGGACAGUAGCAGCACGUCAUGCUUCACCGCUGCGUCGACCAAGUCCCUGUCUUCUGCAGCAGGUAGUGGCGACGAAUCUCAGUCGCUCGAAUCGUCGACGUCAAGUAGUGUGUUUGCACAGCUCUCCUCCUACACUUCAGUUCCUGUCACCCCACUGGCAGAGCAGCAGGAGGAAAGGGGCAUGCUCUUUCAGCGGCGACCGUCCGACCUUCCCACCGGUGUGUUGAUCAUACCAGCCCGGGAUGACGGUCUCAUACCGGACGACGGAUCAUCUCUCUAUCCCGCGGUGCCGUUUGCUCCACCACCACCGCCGCCUCAUCCCGCAGUUGCGUCCCACGCCUUGUCUGUCGAGCCCGUUGGCGCAGCAGCCAAGCUGAGCGCACGCUUAGGCGAACGGUUCAGAAUUCUUUCCACCGAGUCUGAGUCGCAGUCGUCCGACUUUGAUUUUGACGAUAUUGAGGACGGGGAAGUCUAUGAUAGCGAUGGUGCUCUGCUCCACAAGCCAGAGAAUACUGAAGCAGCCGUAGCAAAGGCAAAAACACCACCAGUCCGCCGCGGGUCCUUCUUUCAGCGUUUGGAGGGAAUGGUAAAGACACGUAAGAUAACCGUGGAGAAGACCUCCUUCCAGCUUUCCGGCGGGCUAGAGCUUGACGAAGACUAUAAGGGCCGGGAGGAUGCGUUCGACGAGUUCCGUGAGAACCUGGGCGAUGACGGCUUUGCCAAUGCGGCUGAUGUUGGCAAGGAGGGCGAAGAGGAUUAUCGCCUGCCUAUGAUCAGCAAAGAGGAGAUCGUCCUUAUGCGAAUCAUCGAGAUAGCCGAGGAAAUCGAGGACGAGUACGGCGAGAUGUUCGACCAUGCCAUAGCGGACGUAACGAACAAGAACUUGACGUUCUCCUCUUUCUCCGACACCGCACGGUCCUUUCUCGGCGUUGACAGGCUGUCACCCAAGAACAUUUGGGCUGUGCUGGGAUUUUCACGCCGUGUCGUGCAAGAGCUGCCGUCCACCGCGGAAAUCGUCAGCGACUACACGACUCGUCUACUCGAGGAGGAAGCCCUGGACUAUGUGAAUGAUCGCGGCGGUUGGGGAACUAUGCUGAAAGAGCCGGAGGCUGUUGUGAACGAGAACGAUUCCGACGACUACCCCAGCGGUGGCUUGGCCGUUGGAAUGGCCGUGGCUGAUGGCAUCAGCUCUAUAGCGCGCCUCUUCUCGCCAUCGCCCAACCGCAAAGCGAGCCCGAAGGGUGUCGGUCGUGGGCCGCGCAGCUCUGUGGACGCGUUUCAAUUUCCACAAUUGCCACCAUCAACAGCCGCAUCUGCUAGGGAAGCGGACACUGCUCUGGAAAAGGUUCUAGAUCGCCAUCGGGAGGAGAGUGCAAGAGAAAUGGUCGAUAACGGUGAUGAUGAUGAAAACGAUGGAGCCGUGGAGAUUCUUGCUGACAGUGAGGUGUUUGAGCAGAACGCAAGCAGCAGCGAAGCAGCGGCGCCGGCAGAAGGUGUGAGUGAGCCGAGAGAGCCAGACCUCCGGUCCCGCCUGAUUGGUUUUGGCUCUACGUCGACGGCUAACGUGGACACUGGCUCUGCCAUGCCGGGGUUCGGACACGAGGUGACACGGAUUGACGCCGAUGCAAUCACUAGCGAGGAGUGGAACGGUUUGCUGGAACAUGUUCGCUCUAACCUGGGUGCCUCGGAUGAGAUAGACGACGGACAAAGGAGGUACCGGCGUCAUCGAUCCAGAUUGCAGAGAUACAACUUUGUGAUCGAUGGUCCUGGAGUUGUCGACGACGGCGAAUCAACAUGCGCCAGCGAUAGUUGUGUGGAUACUGAUUCCUCAGUCAUUGCUGAUUCGAUGGAGAUUUACCCGAAGAAGCCCGAGGACGAGAUAUCUGUCCGCCGAGUCAAACCUCCCACCUUGAUGAAAGAAACCUCCAACAACGACUCUGUGGAUGAUAGCGUUGAGGAGCCCACAUCGCUGCUGACACGCAUCACCACAAUGGGUAUGGUCACGGCCGGGGCUGCAGUGCUCGCCGGCUUGUCUUUCUUCAAGCAACAGACAUGAGUGGCCCAAGCGGUUUCUGCUGGUUGAACUGAGAUGAAGGUCAGGUUCGCAUCGGGACUAAGUUCGGUGAAUCAUCAGCUGUGUGUUCAGUUCUGAUUCUUACAGACCGUGGUGUCGUGUGGGUUACCGGAAGCCGUUUACGCACGACGUUCGGUGUAUCCUGAGCUGCACUGUAAUGCUGAUCUGAUCAGCCAUGAUCGUGUUCUAUUUACUAAAGCUGUGUGCUUGGUGGCUGCUACAGCCCCUUUCUUGCCCAUGCACCCAGUACCUAACCAGCCAUGCAGCGCAAUGCUGGACCAACACAUGUGACCGUCUCUAUCACUUGUGCAAUCCUCGGAUCCUGUAGCGCUGUCAGUGUCGUCGUCCUUACUUGCUGGCAAUGCUGAUAGGCCAGUAAGCAUGCAAUGCCGUUCCAUGUGGUGGAGCGCGAUAUGCAUCACCUUCAUUGAUCUCUCAUCAGUGUGCGGCACAUUACCUGCUCUGUUUGAAACAGUCGCUGUGUGGCUAGCCCUGAACACGGGUGCCUUUCACAUGCAUGCCAACUUGCCUUUUGCUAUGCAUCUUUGCACUCUGAUGCUGACUAACUUCUUGCUAUUUUCUGUCAUGUAUUGUAUGGAACAUGUCUGUGAUCAAACUCAACUGCUUCCCAACCUGAAACGAGAUCAUGGCUGCGCUAGCGUUGUAACAGGGCGAAAUAUCUCCUUGUUACCGGUAGAAGCUUACAGUUCUAUACUUUGAGAACAUCUGUAGUAUCCGCUGAGCUCUGUGUGACCUCAUAGACACAUUUAUGCAUCUCGCUAUACUGUGCUGAAGUGAUUUUAAUUUGCGCCUGCUGAUUUUAUGCCCCCCCCCCCCCCCCCCCCCCCCGCCUAAAUAUUCCCUUGAUUUUGCACCCCUGAUUGAGCUGUUGAAGCCGCACAUUACGAAAAGAGCAUUAUCAUUAUUUUUAUCAACCUGCCGACAUUUUUACAAUGAUUCUUCAACUC